UUAUUUUUUUCUGUCAUUUUGCGAUUUGUGAAUAAUUAAUUGACUGAGAGUAAGUUCCCAUAGCAAAAAGCAUAUACAAUACGUAACCAAAUAUUUCCAGCUGUCAUAGCAACGAUCACCAUAGCAACAACACAGUCCCUCAGAGCAGUUGUGGUAGAAAGGAAACCGCUUUUUACUGAUUGGUCCGUUUUCUGUCCUAUGCAGUUAACGGGUUUUAUUUCGUCCCUUUAAUUGAAAACAUCGUAUUGUUUAUAGCGACGGUUGGAAAUCUCUUGGAGAAAUAACAUUAAGUUGGCCAGGAAACAAAUAUGAUUUGUAAAUACAACUAUAUUAUAAAUGAGCUUGAAGCUUUGCACCUCGGCGCACUGUGGCUAUCGGUGUGGCUGUUUGUCGGUGUGGCUGUUUGUCGGUUUCUACUUCAACUGUAGAGAUGACUUUAUUUGUGAAAUCAGAAGGAAAUAUGGACUGCCGUUUUUCUGGAAGCGAAAGCCCUUGUUUCAACAAUGGUGUUUUACUUGAUAAACUCUGGAAAACAAGCAAGCUCUUCAAGUUUCUUCUGGACCAUCUCUCGCUGCAGCGGUACCAGUCGAUCAUUUCAUGGGAAGGAGCCGAUGGAGAAUUCGUGAUCCGUCGACCGGACCAAGUGGCUCUUUUGUGGGGAGAAAGAAAUUGCAGACCAAACAUGACUUAUCAAAAAUUCAGCCGUGCAAUGCGUUAUUACUACCACAAGAAAGUACUGACCAAAAUUCGCGGUCGAAAGUACGCCUACAAGUUUAACUUCAAAGAGCUUGAGGUACAGUACGGUUACUACAGAAGUAAACCGUAUCCUGCUUCUAAGAGUCACACAGAAAGCUAUGCUAUUCCAUCUAGUUAUGACGCCUUUCACUAUUCAGACUCCAUUAACAAUUUUCCUGCAGCAAUGGGGUUCAUUAGUAACAGCAGUUACGGUUAUCCCGCCACAAUGGAGUUCGCAAGUAAUGGUAGGUACGAGAUUCCUGCCAAUACUCAUGGUUUCCAGUUCUUUAAAAACGACGUACGUUUUCAAAAUGCAGAGAUGUGAGAGAAUCCGAAGCUUCAUCAGAAAACGUUCUCUCUACUGGUAGACAUUAACAGAUAAAGAGAGUCUUCUUUUUACAAACUCUUCGGCAAUUCAUGUUGAGACUCUGCCAGGAGAUAAUUUGUUCUUCGAUGGUCAUUGCUGGCUUCAACUUGGAACACAGCUGACGAUUAUGUUUAUUAAAUCAUAAGAAUAUCAUCUGAUAAAUUGUUAAUGUAACGACAUUUAUUUACUCUGACCUAUUCAAAUGUGAUAAAGAUGUCACGGAGGAAAAAACAUGUCUAAAGAAAGAAUUGGUAAUUAAUUUUGGAUUAAACAAUCGGAAUGCACAUAAUGCUUCCAGUAGAUCUUGUCACUUAUGUAUAUCAAGAUAAUUACACUAACAUUAUUUUGGUAUAGGUGGGAAAAAGUUUCUUAAUCACAAGG